GUUAGGUGAGCUCACGUGGGCAACCGGCUUCGAAACCACAGCAUCGUUUCGGCAAUCACGUCCGCAUAUCCGUUUUCGAAGAUUUUUCACUUCGGACAGCAAGCAGCGAAAACUGAACUUGGAGGAUGAAAAAUUGUUGAGCCACAUAAUAGACAAGCAUUUAUCGUUACGUUGCCGGCUGUGCGGUGAUUUAUUUGUAUCCAGAGAAGACUUCAAGUCCAUUGCUGCGUGUAAGUGGUUUGAACACGUGGGAUCAGGUUAUUCGUAAAUUGGAGGAGAUGGCGAAGCGAAUGAGUGACGUACAGUCGGGCACGUCCUCGCUGUCGUCCUUUAGCAACAAGGAUCAAGAGAUCCAUUACCUACAGAAGUUCCUAAAGGAGAAGGACAAGGUAAUCAGGCAGAUGAGUGAUGAUAGCAAGAGUUUGCAGCGAGCACUGGAGACUAUAAAAAGCAAAAUGAAAGAAUCGGGUAAUAUUGUGGAACUAAGAAGAGAAUUGAAGGAAGAACGUAGGCUGAACGAGGAACUGCGAGAUACAGUGCAGAGGUUGCAGAAGGAGUUGCAAGACUUGCAAGAUGUGUCUGUGCGACGUUCGCAUCAGGAGGAUAGCGAUAUCGAGGACAUGGUCCAGCAAGCAUUGCAUAUCUCUGUACGAUUGGAUAAGCAACUUAUGGAGGUAAUUAAGAAUGAUGAAGUCGUGAAUGGAAUAGCAACCGAAGAUCAAAGGACGAAUAUACGCAAGGACAACGAAUUAGUAAGGAGAUUAGAGGAUGAUUUAGAGAUCGAACCAGAUAUAACGAGACAUCAGAUCGCUGAGUACGAGGAUCGUAUCCUGCAAUUGAAAGCGGAUUUGACAGAGGAGACGAAGAAGGUGGUUAAGUUGGACAAAGAACUUAUAUCAGAGAGGAACGCGGUGGAGUUCUUGAAGACGCAGAUAGAAGAACAUCGUCGGAUGGCGGAAUUAAAACAAAUACGGGAGAGUAAGUUAAUCGAGUUCUUGCAGACAAAGUUGAAAGCCUCUCUAGAGAACGAGGAGAAACUCCGUAAUGAUCUAGCAUCGAUGAAUAUGGAAGUCGAAAAUGCCAGUAGAAACUUGCCGAACUUUGCUGCAACUGUUCAAAAUGAAUCGGACAGAACGAGCGAAAAUCUUGAGGAAAGCCGCGAACAUAAUGCGGAACUACGAGAGGAUAUGGAGAACGAAAUGAGUAUAAAAUACGAGAAGUUAGAGAUCCCAAUGGAGGAACGAGAAAGACUAAUCAACAGCCUAGCGUUGACCAACGGACUGAAAAAAAUCCUAGAGGUGGAUCUGGGGAGAACUACAGAGGAGUUGACACUGGCAUCGAAUCAUUCUCCGGCCCGUGAGAGAAAGGGCGACAAUGUCAGUCAAAACAAUAAUCAGGUACAUUAUUUUUAUGAAACCUAUAAAACUAAAGCGAUUGAAAGAAAACAAGUACAGACGAUAGGUGCUCAGCCCGCACCUAGAGUCAUAAUAAUACCACUAUCCACGAGCACAUCGGUUACACCAAAAGUGCCGAUCCUACCACGACCUGUAAACGUGCAGAUGGUAGGAGCAGGUCAAAGUGCAGUAUCACGUGCAACAUCUACAUCCAAGAUUGACAAGAAACGUCAUGCGGCGAACGAACAACAGCCAGAAUCCAGCCGAGAGAAGAAAAAAUACGAGAACCACAAGAAGCGAUUGUAUAAAAUACAAUCCAUUCAAAAAGUUAGACCGCCAUCCAAAAUUUCAACCAGGGUAAAGGCGAAGAAAGCCCUCGAAUUAAUUAAGAAGCAAAUGCAAGAACCGAGCAGCGACAGCGAGCUGAGUGAGGAUGAGAGGAGCAUCGAGCAGCGGCAACCUAUCCAACCUAUCAAAAGCCCGAACUCGUCCAAGAAGCAGAUCUUGACCAAGAGCGGGGCGUGUAUAAUAUACAAUGUACCAGCCAAAUCAGGACGCUGACGAGAUGCCACCUGUGCAGUCCGAACAAUAAUCAGUGGAAGUAGCGAGCAGUAUUAAUCCAAGAAGUAAGAAAUUUCCAUAUUCUCAAAGAGACACUCCGCUCAGUCAUGGCAGAGUAUGGUACUAGUCAUGUUAUGAUAACAUUAAAGGUAUAUUUUUAAACUAUGUAGAAGUUUAGCUGUACAGGGUUAAUAUUUGGACUAUCAUGUUCGAAUAGUAUUUCAUACAGUUCACGUUUUUUUUAAUGGCUGUGCGAUUUUUUAAUUCUUUUAGAUUUUUGGAAAAGUAAAUAUAUUCGAAAUGUGAUUAAUUUUGGAUCCCUAAAUAUGUAGAUUUCGACAUCUUAAGAUCUUAGUUAAAUAAUGAAAAUUAAUUAGCGUUUUUCUAUCAAAUUAUAAAAUUCUUGAAAAUUUAAAUUUUCUUAUUGAUACACCGCAUUUGAUAUACUCGCAUUUUUGAAGUGGUUGAAUCUUUGCAAUGUGAAGUUGUCCGAUUCUACUUUAUCAUUUAUUAUAUUUAUCAUUUUUGAUGAACGCGUUCUGUGUAUUAUGUGAUUAAAUGGCAAUCGUCGACGAUCGAUCUGCAUGGGAUUUCUAUUUCCGUUGCGUUUUUUAGUAUAUAUAUUAAUAUAUAGAAGCAAUGCGAAUUAAUAAAUGUAGAAUAAUAAAUUUAUUUCCUUACAAUUCAUACAUGAUGUUUAACAAAAUACGUGUACACUUUGCAACAAUAAACGCUUAAGUUACAACAUA